GAGGCAACUUUGUAUGGAGUCACUGCAGACUUUUCAUGGAAACAUUUAAAAUGAGACAAAGAGAUUCUUUGUCUCAUUCUUACUGUGACUACAGGCUUCAAAGGGCUAGAACCCAGAGCCGUAAAUCCAGUUUUAAAAAAGUUUUUUUGUACUUUAUACUUUAUCACUGUACGUGGUAUUUUUUUUUUACUGGUCACUGGUUUAAAAAUAAGAAAGUUUUCUUCCCGAAGUUUUCAUAUUUUUAGUGGUUUUUCAUGUGAUUUAGUGAUAAAGUGUUUCUAUUUUUCUCUCCCUGUUAGCUUGAGGAUACUCGCAGCAGUGUGAUUGAGACUAAUAGCAAAUUGAAGACAGUGACUUUUGUUAUUUUGAGUUUGUGACUCUUUUCUAGUUUGUUAGAUAUUUUAACAUGUCUGACAAAUAUAGAAAGUGUGUUAAGUGCGGUGCAUCAGCUUUUAAGGACCCAACGCUUACUUUCCAUUCUUUUCCAAGAGCCGGAAAGGCAUCUAGUUGUUCAAGGCUUCGAAUUUGGGCAGAAUAUUGUUUUGCAAAUGUAACUGAGAAAGAGUUGAAAGGCUUGCACGGAAGCCACAAGUUAUUGUGUAGUAAGCAUUUUCAUCGCAGUGCAUAUACAGAUGAUACAAUGAAAAAGUUAAACCGUAAUGCUGUACCAAAUAUGUCAAGUUCACCAGUCGAAACAUCCCAGCAACAUUUCGUUUCAGAGGAAUUGUCAGUGCCUCUACAACCCACUAUACCAAAUGUGCCCAUCUUGUCUCAGCCACCAGAUACACCACAUAAAUAUUUAAGUCAAGUGAAUCCUUCUGUGCCUUCACAGUUAUCUGUACUGGAUGAGCCUAUAUUGGUUCUGCCAGAUCCAUCACAGCAAACUAUAAUUUUAAAGAGCCCUUCUGUGUCAAAAUCUAUACACCCAGAAAACCAACUUGGCAAGCAACAACUUAAAAAAUGCAAAAAAUAUCUGAAUAAAAUAUAUAGGCUGAAAAUGGCCUUGAAAAAAAAGAAAAAUGUUAAAGGAAAUAGAAAAUGCUUUUUAGAAGCUCUGACAAAAACUGAAUACUUUGAAAAAUUUAAUCAAUACUUAAAUCCAGCUUUUGGUGUGCUUCUACAGAGUCAAAUGACAAAUUCACGUAGGAAACUACAGGGCCGACGUUGGACUUUAAAUGAAAAAAUUUUAGCAUUAGCUAUUUAUAAAAAAUCUAGUGCCUGUUACAAAUUGCUGUGAAGAAUGAUGUGCUUGCCAAACCCAGGUACAUUAAAAUGCCUUUUAAACAGAGUAUAUUUACCAUGUGGAGUGAAUAAAAAAGUUAUGGCAAGUUUAAAAGAAAUUUCACAAGGUGAAGAAAAAAAAGAUAACUUAUGGGUUUUAUUAUUUGAUGAGAUGUCAAUACGAAAAAAUUUGAUUUAUAACCCAAAAACGGAUGCCAUUGAGGGGUACCAAGACCAUGGUUCUCAAGGUAGAAACCAGCAAAUGGCUUCACAUGCCUUAGUUUUCAUGUUAGUGGGACUGAGAAAAAGGUGGAAGCAACCCAUAGCCCACUUCUUCUCAGGAGACUCAGUGACGGCAGAUAGACUUCAAGCCAUUAUUAAAGAGGUAUUGGCUGAGUGUUUCUCACAUAACUUGGUUGUGGUUGCAACUGUUUGUGACAUGGAUGGCGUAAAUAUGAGGGCGUUAAAUGCGUUAGGAUCCACGGUCGAUAGACCUUUUUUCAUAUAUAAUGAAAAUGAAAUUGUAACCAUAAUGGAUCCUCCGCACCUAUUAAAAUGUUUUAGAAAUAAUUUUCUUAAACACAACAUAAAGUGUCCAGAUAAUUUUGCAACCAAUGCAGUAUCAGG